AUGCACACGACGUCCUGUGGGGAACCAAACGAAAGAAUAGCCCAACAGAAGAAGAUACUGACAGACGAACAAGCCGUAAGCACCAUAGUAGCAGGGGGCGCCCUAAGAAGAGGAAGAAACGAAAGAGGCCAGGGCUUCUGCUGGAUCGACAUUGAGGGAAUUAGAAUGAUCAGCUGCUACUUCUCCCCGAACGAUAAGAGUAGGAAGAAUCUGAAGAAAUGGCUGAAUGACAUGGAAGCAGCAAUACAGGGCGGGAGGACAGCCAUCAUCGCGGGAGACUUUAACGCGAAAUCCGAACAAUGGGGAUCGGAGUACACAGACGACAAAGGCAAGACGGUAAUGGAAUGGAUAGAGAGGCUCGGUUUGGUAAUACACAACGUGGGAAAAGAACCGACCUUCAUCAGAGGAACACAGCGAAGCAGAAUAGAUUUGACCCUAUCCACGGAUGACCUGGCAGAUAGAAUUGAGAACUGGAGAGUCACAUGGCAAGAGACGUUCUCCGACCACGCCGACAUCCGAUUCCCCAUCCGUACCAAAGACGCCAAGAAGAGACUAGAAAAUAAAGGCACCUGGAAACUAGACGAGGCCAUACUAAAGGACCUGAAGGACAGAUUCAAAGAUCACCAGGACCGAAGCACCAGAGAAAGAGAAGGGAAGCAGCAAACGACCGGCCUACUGCUCAAUAAGAGGCUACACGGAGCCAACGAUGAAGAAUAUGCAGAGGCCAGGAGGAACCUAAAGAAUGCUAUACGAAGAAGCAAAAGAGGAAAAUGGAAAGACCUCAUCAAUGACCUGAACGACGACAUAUGGGGCCAAGGAUAUAGAAUACUGCUGAAAAGAAUGGAGAUAGAAGACAGAAGACCAGAAACCGAAGCCGAACCCUUCACAAUGGAAGAAUUACAACUCGCUGCCCAGAAAAUGAAGAAAAAGAAAGCAACAGGGCUCGAUGGUAUAACGGCAGAAAUAGUCAAGAUAAUAAUGGAGGACAACAGCGAGAAAGUACUAGAAAUGUACAACGGAGCAUGGCAAGAGGCAGAAUUCCCGGACAUAUGGAAAGAGGCAGAGUUAGUCCUUAUAAGGAAGCCGGGAAAAACAGAUACGGAGCCCAGCAAUUUCCGCCCCAUAUGCCGUCUGAGAUUAGUAGGAAAACUAUACGAACACCUGAUAAGAGAGAGAUUGCUAAAGGAACUAGAAGUUGGAUGGAAAGAGACCCUCGAAGAACUGAAGAAUAAAGGAAUAUCAGCCCACCUUCAGAACGUGAUGAAAAGUUAUUUCCAGAAUAGGACGCUGAGGACAGCGCAUAAAAAGGUAUGUUUAACAUGUCGGGUUCCCCAGGGUUCUGUUUUAGGUCUCACGUUAUGGAAUAUAACGUACAACGGAAUAUUAGAGCUAGCCGACGACGACCCCGACACAAAAUUGGUUGCAUACGCAGAUGAUUUAGGAAUGAUAACGACGGGGAAAACAGAAGAAGAAGCCUGGGAGAAAACUGAAGAAAUGGCAGCUCUUGUUGGAGCCUGGCUGAGAAGCAGAGGACUGCAAUUAGCUCCACACAAAACUGAAAUACUCCCGAUAACCGGAAGACGGCCAAUAGAACGGACCAAGGCAACUAUAGAAGGCGUAGAGGUUGAGGCAAAGAGACAGCUUAAAUACCUAGGAGUAAUAUUAGAUAAAGACCUCACCUUCCUCCGGCACAUAGAUUACGCCGUAGAGAGAACGAGAGAGACGACGAACGCCCUACGAAAAUUAAUGCCAAGAAUAGAAGGACCCGCAUCAAGAAAGAGACGAGUACUGGUAGCAGCAGCCAUGUCAAGAUUGCUGUAUGGGGCUGAAAUAUGGGCAGAGAGCCUAAGUACCUACACCACUGCCAGAGAUAAGAUUAGAAAGGCGCAGAGAGGAGUCAUGGUAAGUUCUAUCAGAGCUUAUAAAAAUGUUUCAGGUGUAGCAGCGCUCAUCAUCGCUGGGAUGAUACCAGCCGACCUCCUCGCAGAAGAAAGACGAGAGAUUUACCACUACCGAACAGACAAGAAAGAAGCCCGAGAAAAGACGAGAAGAAAAUGGAUGGAAGAAAUAAGAAGCCAUAGAGGCGCCAGAUGGACUAAGGAAUUAAUACAAGACCCGCUGAAAUGGAUGGACCGGGCACACGGAGACCUCGAGUUUGAAACCGUCCAAUUCCUGAGUGGGCAUGGCUGCUUUGGCACCUAUAGAAAGAAGAUAGGAAAGAAUAAUAGCGCCCAAUGUUGGAACUGCCAAGGACUGGACAAGCCGGAUCACAUCCUCUUCUGCAGAAAAUGGGAAGAUACCAGGAAAGAAAUGGCAAGGGCAACAGAAGAAAACCCGGACUUUAAAUACACCAAGCACAACAUCGUGGCAAAGAUGCUCGAGAACGAAGAUAAGUGGAACCUUAUCACGGAAUGGAUCCGGACCGUCAUGAAGGCGAAAGCAGAAGAGGAGAGAGAACGGGAAAACGCCGGAAGGCGAACAGCUCGCCGGAGACAGAGCUAUCGAGGAAAGGCUUCGGACGAUUCGCAGGAGGAAGUGGCGUGGUUAACUAUGGCUUUCUUGGCCCCUCUAGUCCGCGGACAAGAGGUAAACCCAAGAAGUAUCGUAAGUACCACCUGCAAGAAGCAACUAUGGCUCUCUCGGCACCUCGAGUCCACGGACACGGGGAAGACCCAAGGAGCAAUGUUAGUGCUUCUAAUCGGAUCUACGACUUGUCUAUCUCGGCGGGAAUCAGAGCGUGGCCGCAAGGAGUACGCCUCACUUUCCCCCUCGGAACCACGGGGUGGACAUAAUCCGGAGGAGACCCAAGGAGUAACGUUAUUGUCUGACAGAUACCGCAACCUCUCUGCGCAAUCUCCGAGGGACCAGGGCCAACGGCUCCCUAUAAAUAGGUCACAGAACUGCGAUACUAUAUGGGAGUCGGGUCAAGACCUUCCGAGGAUCUACCACGGACAGCUCGAGUUCCGUAAUCAGAGCCAGGGGGAUUCUACGGAACGAAUCAAGCCAGUCAUCAGACUGUGA